AGGAAGAGUCAUGUCAGCGAGGUCCGUGUUGACGUGUUUAAAAAUCCACAAUGGCAUUUGUUCGUUGGGCAGCCGCGACAAGUUCCUUCAGUCCUUAGGUGUCGCGAUUAAUUGUGAAAGCGUACAAGUUCGCAAUAAGUCGUUCAAGCGUUAUCUCGAUUACUCGAACGUUCCCAAGCUGGAUGAGGCUGACCUUGAGGAGCAGUUCAUCCGCGGCAGCGGUCCGGGUGGCCAGGCGACGAACAAGACGAACAACGCGGUCUUAUUGAAGCACAAGCCCACGGGGCUCGUUGUCAGAUGCCACGAGACGAGGAGCCAGUGGGACAAUAAGAAACGUGCGCGCGAACUCCUGGUGACAAAACUUGACAACUUGCUGAACAAAGAGCGCUCCGUCGAGGCGCAGAUACGUGCCCUCGAGGAAAAGCAGCAGACGCGACAAGACUACAAAAGAAGGAAACUGAACGAAAUGAAGAAAGCGUUUCGCGAACGCGAAGGCUUGACGUGACGCAAGUCUAACCUGAUUUUAGUUUUAGAAGUAAAUAAAAUUUAUACACAAGCCAGACAAGAGACUUAUUAAUGCUAACCAAUUAAAUCCAUCAAAGUCAAUGAAUUUAGAUUGUGAGAUACUUGAUCGUUUUCCAGAAGUACAAAAGCUCCGUUUUACUUUAGGACUAAUAAUUUUUAUUAGCUGGUUAAUUGGUCUCUGAAAUUAUAAUUAAGAU